CGCUUUUUAGACCUGUUUGAUUGUUUUUAUUUCUGUCCCCCUUUUCCUUCAUACGAAAUGAAAUUACUAACUUUGUUUGCUGCUCUUGUAUCGGUCUUUACUGUUAGUGCCCAGCAAACUGUAACCAAUGGUGCAGGCGCUUCGGAUACCAUUAAUCAAUAUGGAAGUACUUUUAAAAACGCCGGAGGCAGUAUUCUACAUGAUAAAGUAAAUGUAUACAUUAUCUUUUACGGUAACUGGUCUUCCCCACAGAGUCAGCAAGAACAAACAACUUUUAUGCAUUUCAUUGACCAUAUUUCAAUCAGUCCAUGGUUCAAUCUUUUAAAACAAUAUACUGAUGGUAACGGAAAAGCAGUUACAGGACCCCUUAAUUUGGCAGCAGCAGUUAAUGACGCCGGGAGUCAUUCUCUUAACUUGACUACCACCAUUCAUAAACAAAUUGUUUUAGAUGCAGUCAAUUCAGGUUAUCUUUCACCAACCAAUCGUUUAGACAACAGUGGUCUUUAUAUUAUCAUGGGAGCAGCUAAUGUCCAAGAUGCAGAUUUUUGCAAAACCAAUUGUGGUUACAACAGUUGGAGCGACGAGUUUCAAUAUAUGUAUAUUGGCUAUCCAGGUGCAUGUCCUGAGUCAUGUAUUCCUACAGUGAAUAGAAACACUUCACCAAACAACUCACCUGCAAUGGAUGCUGCCAUCACUAUUUUCUCUCACGAAAUUCAAGACAUAUUAACCGAUCCCAGAGGUGACGCUUGGGAAAUUCCCACCCAAAGUGGUAUUACUGUUGAAUUGGGCGAUUUUUGUUCUGAUGAAGGAACUAGUAAAGUUCAAUUCGGUAACAUGACCCAAGAUCAACAAUCUGGCAGUUAUAAUCUGGAGUUAGCUGGUAGCAAAUACUUAGUUCAAGCCAUUUUUAACCUUGAAACAAAACAAUGUGCACUUGCAUAAAACAAUUGCUAUUGUAUACCCGCUUACUCUGGCAUAUUCUGCUUUACCCUUAUCUACUUUUUAGUUUAAGGAACCAACAAAUAAAAAAACAAAAAAAAACAAAACAAAAAACAUUGAGAGCUUAUGAACAACAAAUAGACA